AUUUGUUAUCUUAGUCAUCAUCUUGCUUUGCGGUGUGAGAGACAAGUUAUAAUAAUAAAUUGUAAACCUGUUGGCCACCACAAGUGUUUUACUCUUGUUAUAAAUAAGUGUCGGAGUUGAGCCGAUUUGUAGUGAGUUCAGAAACUCAAAAUGAGGUCUUGCUUUUUCAUUUUUGCGUUCUUGCAAGCAACUUUUGCCUAUCGUUAUGAGCUUUCUGACGACUCAAGAUACGUAAAUUUCGGCAAUUCGGAUGAGUCUAGGCGGUCUAGUCGACAACUGGGCUUUGACUGGGACAACCCUUCACCAGAUUACGACAAUAAUUUUAAUAAUCGUCGAGUUCCAAACACUUUCAACUGGAAUUCGAGACAGGAGCAAAACCCAGACACGUUUAUCUUUGAAGACGAUUUUGAAAAUCGCAAUUUUGUAACCACGCAAAGACCAUCGUUCCAAAUCCCAGCUUUUCGAAGGACGACACAAAGAACCCCUUCGUCAACCAUCGCAAUCCCCGGCAUGGGAACCCCCCGGACGCCUUGCGAAGACCGCUGUUUGUCCACUCCUGAAUACAACCCUGUGUGUGGCGACGAUAACAUGACUUAUUUCAGCAUGCAUCGGUUGAAUUGUGCCCGAAGAUGUGGCAAAAGAGUGAGCAUGAAGCAUAUGGGGGCUUGUACUAGAAUUAGGCAAUGAAACUAAUACUCAAUCGUUACAAAUUUUAAUUAUAAAAGACUGAAUUUAUUUAAUCAAUAAAAAAUAAAACUUUACAGUAUUCA